AUGUAUAAAUAUUGUAUAGUGCCGAAAUGUACAAACACUUCUAUUAAAACACCAGAAAAACUAUUUUUUAACGUACCGAAAGACCCAAAACUUCGUAAAAAAUGGUAUUCCAUUGCAAAAAGAGAUGAUAAAACUACACCCUCUGCCCAGGCUACAAGACAUUGCUGUGAAGAUCACUUCGAUUUAGAAGAAGAUAUGGAAAAUUACGUAAAGUUUAAGUUAGUUGGAGGAAAGCUUAAACUAAAGAAGGGAGUUUUGCCUCAUAAGUUUGAAUGCCAAAAGCCCCAAAAAAAGAAAAUUGACAGACCCGGUUUUAAAAAACGACAAGACAUUGAAUAUUUUGAAAGAAUUUUAAGUAGAGAUAUUGGACACGAAGACCUGUUGUUGCAUUCCAUUGAAGUAGUAGAGUGUGAAAAUCAAGACUCAAAUAACAUCCAAAACAGUGAUCCCCUUAACAUACCUGAAGAAAUAGACGUAUUAUCAAAAAACAAUGUAAGGAGUCAAAAAACACAAGCAGUGCAGGUUAAUAUGAAACCAAAAAUGAAAACUAAAUCUAAUAAUACGCCAAUGAAAUGGAAACAACCAAUAGUUAAAAAAAAAGUAAUCCCUAAAAAUCUUGAUCCAAACGUUAGCUUCACGAUCAGCAACUCAAACUCAAGUGAAAAUACUCGUUCUUUUGGUGUUAAUGCUAGUGAUAACGAGUCGAAUGAUUUAGAAAUAACAAAAACGAUGAACAAAAAUUUCUUCAAUGAGCAUAUGCAAAAGGGCGCUCUAAUGGCUAUAUCUCGAGAUCCAAAAUUACUGAUAGGCAUUCCUGCCCAUUCAUAUUUUUGUAUCAAACAUUUACAAAACUUCACGGAAAUAUCAUCUAUUGAAAUCCUAGUGACUUUACGAAAAAUCCGAUGGCAUGACCCAAACUCAAUGCUUGCAAUACAUUUUGGCCUCUCUGAGAGUUCUGUGACUAAAUAUUUUAAUAAAACUCUCCCAAAAAUUGCACUGUGCCUGAAUCGACUUAUUAUCUGGCCAUCAGCAGAUGAUGUCAGAGAAAACUUGCCGAUAGCUUUUAGGAAGCGCUAUUCUAAAGCGAUUUCAAUAAUCGAUUGUUUUGAAAUUCAAAUCGAGAAACCUAGUAACGCUUCGCACCAAGCGGCUACAUGGUCUCAAUAUAAAAGCUGCAAUACCAUUAAGUACUUGAUUUCAAUUACACCUGACGGUUUGAUAAACUUUAUCUCAGAGGGAUAUGGAGGGAGGACUCCAGACUCAACAAUAUUUGAAGACAGCGGAUUUCUUGACAAAUUGGCACAAGGAAGUAUUGUGUUAGCUGAUAGGGGUUUCAAAAAUAUUUCCCAUUUACUGGAACAACGUGGUUGUACACUUCUGAGGCCACCUAGUGUGAGUUCCAACUCAAAACUUACAGCAGAGGAAGUCUUGCAAACAAAGAGAAUCGCUGCUAUAAGAGUUCACGUUGAAAGAAGCAUAGGGAAGUUGAGAGACUUUAAAAUGAUCGGACCUCACGCAUGUGUCGAUAUUUCAUACAUACAUUUUUUGGAUAAUAUUGUAACAAUAGCCUGUGGCUUAGUUAAUUUACAGAAUUGUCUAUUUAGUAAUCAAGUAUAA